AUGGGGUUCAUCGGUGUCUGUUCGGCUCUGUACGACUACCAGCCACAAGGAGAGGGUGAACUUGAGAUUCAUGAGGGCGACCUCCUCUAUAUUUUGGAAAAGAAUGCGGACGAUGACUGGUGGCGAGCUAAGAAGAAGGCCGAGCGGGAGGACGAGGACGAACCCGAAGGUCUAGUUCCCAACAACUAUGUCGAAGAGGCGAAACCAGCGCACAAAGCCACAGCCCUCUUCGAUUACACGCGACAGACAGACGAGGAGGUUUCGUUCUCAGAAGAUGCCGAGUUGAUGGUGUACGACGUUUCGGAUCCGGAUUGGACUUUGGUUGGGACCGGCUCUGAAUAUGGAUUUGCACCAUCGAACUACAUCGAAAUAAUCAAGGAUGCCUCUGCUUCAGCUAGUGUUUCUUCUCCGACUUCUGCUCGAGCCGAGCCUGCUGCGCCGUCGCUUCCACAACGGCCAACGCAAGCUGCUCCAGAAGAAAGUGAAGAGUCUCCUGCUGCUUCUCCUGUCAAUGUGUCUCAUAACCCCGCUGCUGCUGCGAUAGCCAGUAUCAUCCAUAGACAGCAUGCCCCCGCGGGUCCUACCGAGAUCGAGGCGAGCAGAGAUGAGCCCCCGCCACCCAGUCUUCCAGUCCGGCCAUCAUAUGAUCAAGCAGGGGAGCGAGAUGAAUCUCCUCCCCCUAGCCUCCCGCGUCGAACCCCUUCAGAGCAGGCAUCCCCGUCUAUAAAUCGUUACUCGCCCGACCCGACUCCGCCACCCCGCCCCCAACAAGCGGUGCCCGCGAUGGGUCGUGAUGGCACACAUGUUAAAGCUUCCCCACCUUACAACCGGGCGGGUGAGCUAACGCCGCGGUCACCUUCUGGCUAUCAUAUCUACAACAUCAAUGAGAUGGUAGAGGUGAUGGGCAAGAGAAAGAAGAUGCCGACGACACUGGGAAUCAACAUGGUAACCGGAAUUAUCUUCAUCUCUCCCGAAGGCGACGAUCGGCAGCAAGAAUGGACUGCGGAGAAGCUCACUCAUUACUCAAUCGAAGGAAAGCACGUUUUUGUGGACCUUGUUCGACCCAGCAAGAGCAUCGACUUUCAUGCCGGUGCCAAAGACACCGCUCGCGAAAUUGCAGCGGCACUGGGCGAAAUUGCUGGUGCAUACCGGGCAGAAGGUUUACGUGAGGUCCUCGAGGCAGGCGAAGGCAGCGGUCCAAAGAAGGGACAGAUUCUGUAUGACUUCAUGGCCCAAGGCGAGGAUGAAGUCACAGUAGCUGUGGGCGAUGAGGUCAUCAUCCUCGAUGAUACCAAGUCCGAAGAGUGGUGGAUGGUGCGGCGCCUGAAGAACAACAAGGAAGGCGUUGUCCCCAGCAGCUACGUUGAAGUUACAGGACUGAUACCAAAGGCACCGCUCAUGCCUGCGGAACCAGGCCUUUCUACCGUAGAAAAGAACCGUAUGGAGGAGAUGCGGCUGAGCAAGCUUGCAUUGGGCAAGUCGCGGACAGACUCGAUGGAUUCAUCCGAUCGCCACAGCAAGCGUGACAGCAAAAUCAGAUCGAAGCCUGAUAUGAGCAAAGUGCGCAAGUGGACGGAUCGGACCAAGGACUUCACAGUGGAGGCGCAGUUCAUAGGUCUUCAGGAUGGUAAGAUCCAGCUUCACAAGGUGAACGGAAUCAAGAUCGCCGUCCCUGUCUCAAAGAUGUCUGUUGAAGAUCUGGAACAUGUGGAGAGGGUUGCUGGGGUCUCGCUUGACGAGGAUAAACCUCUUUCGAGCAUUCGACCUCGGGUGGCCAACAACAAAGAAUCCAAGGCUGGGGCUUCCGUGCAACGUCCUGAAUACGAUUGGUUUGACUUCUUCCUUAAGGCUGGAGUGGGGCCACAUCGGUGUGAGCGAUAUGCGCAAUCCUUUAACAAGGAUGCAAUGGACGAAACUGUGCUACCGGACAUCACUCCUGAAAUUCUUCAGACCCUGGGACUGAAUCAAGGUGAUACCUUGCGGGUAAUGAAGGUCUUGGAUGCCAAAUACGGUCGUACGCCGGACAAAUCCAAAGCGCGAAACGUUAGUUUCGGUGGCGAAGAAGUCAUCGGUAAUGGCGAGGAGGGUGGACAAGGUGGUCUCUUUUCUGGACCUGGUGGGGUAUUGCGCAACAAUACUCGCAGGGCAAGACCAACGCCAAGCGUUCAAGCAGGAGAAGUCGAUCCGAAAGUGUUUGGACAGGGCGAGGAACCGAAAUCGCCAGAUAGUGCGGCGAGUCCACCACCCUCUGCAGCAGCUGAAAAGCCUGCUGCGCGCGGAUUUGAUGAUGACGCUUGGGAGGUUAAACAGCCGAAGCAGCCUGCUAGACCAUCUGCGGCCACCCCGACCCCGCCGCCCGUAGCGCCUCAGGUUUCUCAGCCUACAGGGGCAAUGGCAGAUCUAACGUUGCUCCAAGCACCUCUGCAGCCUACUCCCGCACAGCCUACUGGUACUGCGCAACCCACCCCGCCGAUGCCAGCUCUACAGCCACAGGCAACUGCCGUGCAAUCGCCGACUGUACAGCAACCUCAACAAACAGGUGCCACUCCGAGCUUAUUUGCUCAAGUGGCACAGAUUGGACAGCACCAGCAGACUGGGUUGCAACAGUCACAGGCUCGACAACGCCCACAACCCCCUCAAGCAGUUGGACAAAACUCACUUCUGCCUCCACCUCCGCAGCGCCCGCUAUCCGCGCCGCAAAACGUCUCGCCACAGCAGAAUCCGUUCGGUGCUCCCCCGUUGCAAGCUCAACUCACUGGAUUGCCUCAAAUGGGUCCUGCGGUAGCUCCUCCUGGUCAGAGUCUGAGCGAGCUGAACCAACCGCGUUACCAGCUUACGAUGCAGCCGCAAGCAACAGGAUACAUGGGUCAGAACCAAUAUCAGACCGGCUUGAUGCCGCAGCCCACGGCAUUCACUCCGCAAUCUCAGUUUGGUAUCCAGCAGCAACAGCAGCCGCCGUUUGGUGGUCAGAUGGUUCCUCAACAAACAGGUUUCCAAGGGAUUGGGCCACAGCCCACAGGCUUCGGUGGAUAUGGGCAACUACAACAACCCAUGCAGACCGGUAUAAACUCUGUUCUUCCGCCCGCAUUGCAACCUCAGCCCACUGGUGCGAACGGCUUCGGGAAUCACUAUACAUCUCCGCCGCCCGUGCCGCCAAUUCCCCAACAACCGACGGCCGCCCCCCUAUCACCGCAGAAGACAGGCCCGGCUCCCCCCAUCAGAUUUGGUGUCAAACCGGAUGCUCCCAAGAAGCUUCAGUCACAGCCGACUGGCCUCAGAGCCAACCUUGCGCAAGCUACCCCCAAUAAUCCAUUCGGCUUUUAA